AACUGGUUAAGAGGCAACUUCCUGAGAAACGGUCCUGGAAAAUUUGAGUUUGGAAAUGAAAGUACAACCACUGGUUUGAUGGCAUGGCGCUCAUGCACCAGUUCAGAAUUGCCGAGGGCAGCGUCACCUACAUGAGCAAGUUCCUCCGCAGCGAAUCGUACAAGACCAACAGCGCCUACAACCGCAUCAUGGUGUCAGAGUUUGGAACGCUUGCCAUGCCAGACCCCUGCAAGAGCAUCUUCGAACGCUUUAUGAGUCGAUUUGAAAUGUUAAAACCGACUGACAACGACAAUGUGAACUUUGUCCUGUACAAAGGUGACUACUAUGUGAGCACUGAGACUAAUUUCAUGCAUAAAGUCAACCCGAAUACCCUUGAAACAGGAGAGAAGGUUGACUGGAGCAAAUACAUUGCAGUAAAUGGAGCAACAGCCCAUCCACAUUAUGACCCUGAUGGAACUAGCUACAACAUGGGCAAUUCAUACGGCAAAAAUGGUACGAUGUACAACAUUAUCGAGGUUCCUGUGCAGAAGUCAGAAGAUGAGGACAAACUCGAGGGGGCCAGAAUUGUGUGUAGUAUCCCACCACAGGAUAAGAUGCGACCUUCCUAUUACCACAGCUUCGGAAUGUCCAAAAACUACAUCAUCUUCAUUGAGCAACCGUUGAAGAUUAAUAUCAUGAAAAUUCUCACAGCCAAGUUAAGAGGAAAAAGCUUGAGCUCGGCGCUCACUUGGGAACCAGAGACCAACACCGUUAUCCACGUGGCUCAUAAACACACGGGGCAGAUACUUCCUGUGAAAUAUUACUCCAAACCGCUUACAACUUUCCACCAGAUCAACGCCUUUGAAGACAAUGGAUUUAUUGUCUUCGAUCUUUGCAGUUUCGACGACGGAAAUAUUGUGCACACUUUAACUAUGCAAAACCUGCACAAAUCUGGAGAGGCACUGGACGAGCUGUACAACACAAUUCCCAAGCCAACCCCGAUCAGGUUUGUUUUACCGUUGAGCAUCAAAUCAGACACACCGAUUGAGCAGAACCUGAACACUUUGCCUUACAGCACUGCCGUUGCAAUCAGAAAAGCUGAUGGAAAAAUCUGGUGCAAGUCCGAGAACCUAUACGAUGCUGAUAUGAUGCAUGAAGUCAACCUGGAGUUCCCACAGAUUAACUACAAAUCGUACAACACAAAAAAAUACACUUUCCUCUAUGGCUGCGGACUAAGCAGUUUGAUUCCGACUUCUCUCCUAAAGCUGGAUGUCAACACAAAGGAACUGAAGGUGUGGAAGGAGGAAGGCUACUACCCCUCAGAGCCUAUCUUUGUUCCGUCUCCUCAAGGCACCGAAGAAGAUGACGGGGUGAUCUUAUCCACAGUGCUUUCACCUAACCAGGACAAGAACUUCCUGCUUGUGCUGGACGCAAAGAGCUUCACUGAGGUUAGCAGGGCCGAGGUACCCAUCCAGAUUCCCUUCGGAUUUCAUGGAGUCUUCACCCAGCGCUAGAGCCAAUCGAGGCGCUCUGCUUAUGCCUGGAUCUCACAACGUUUCAAUUACAACUCAACUAACGUUUCUGCCUGUACUGAGGGAAAUGACAAGAUCAAAUCCGUACAGUUAACCUUACUCUAUCAUGAUUCAUUAUUCAGGUUGUGUGUUAAGUGUAAAUGUCGAACUACAUCUAGGCUUUUGGAUGACCCAAGAACCAAAUGAUGGUGUUCGCAAGCUGGUAAGAGGGUCUAGGGGAGAGAUCCAUAAGCAGCAAUCACCGUCAGUUGAGUAAUGAUCCCAGUUAUUAAUUGCUUAUUAACGCUUGUGCAGAAAUAUACCAGUCUUCAAAUAGGUAAUUAAAGACCACGCUUUAUAUUCAGUUGCUUUAUAUGGCCAUUGGCUACAGGGCAUACAUACUUAAUAGGUUUAGCAAAACGAAGUAACUAGAGCUUGAUAAUGAGUUUGCCAUCAAUAUGAGAGCCAUGGCUGACGUUCCAGUGAAGUGCUGAGGGGGAGCGAAGCAUUGUCGGAGGUGCCAUCCUUUAGGACCAGACGUUAAACCGAGAUCCCUUCUGCGCCUGUUCAGGUGGACGUUAAAGAUCCCGAAUCAAAGAGAGAAAGGAGUGUCUGACUGGCCAAUAGUCCUCAUUAUAUUUGUCUGCGUAUCGUGAUUGUGGGCAAAGUGCCUACAAUACACAGUCACUACAUUUGACAGCAGUUGGCUGUCAAGGUUUUUGCUGUAUAAUAAUUUGAGAUAAUCAUUCCAUUAUUUCUACCUUUUAUACAAUAUUUGUAUCUUGUCAGUUAAAAUGUCACACUGUUUGUAAAUAAAAGCUGUAUAAAAUACC